AUGUUGUCGUCGUCCGCACGGGCAGCAGCUUGGCGAGGCCUGCCAUUUAUACGGCACUGUCUGUUCUGCCACGCUAGGGGAUCUGCAUCUGCUUGGAAAGCAUCUACUCGACCAUUAGCACAAUCCUUGGGCGCAGCAAUAUCUCUGCAAAGGCCGCAGCCAGUGUCUCGUCAGCUCCAAACAUCGGCAUCCACCCUCAAGAAGAAGUCGGGCAAGGAAAAGUCAUCAGCAGAUAAAGGCUCGAAAGAGUUCUCUCACACCCUCCAGCUGCCCAACACACCGUUCGGUAUUCGCGCAAAUGCCGCGCAAAGAGACAGACUCUUCUAUGAUCGCACCUGUGGGGAGCUUUACGAAUGGCAGCGGUCCAGGCCAGAGACGGCCGGCGACUUUGUCUUUCACGAUGGUCCACCCUACGCCAACGGCAACUUGCAUUGCGGUCAUGCGCUCAACAAGAUUCUCAAGGACAUCAUGAAUCGGUAUCAGGUGCUACGCGGCAAACGAGUGCACUAUAUGCCCGGCUGGGACUGCCACGGUCUGCCCAUCGAGGCGAAGGCGUUAGCCAACGUGACUGCGGAGGAAAGAAGCAAAAUGAAGCCGCACGAGAUUCGCGAGCGAGCUCACGCGGAGGCAGUCAAAGCGAUAGAGACGCAGAAGGACGAAUUCAGUCAGUUUGGUAUCAUGGCCGACUGGAGUGAUGCUGCGACUUAUCGGACGCUCGACCCAGGCUACGAAGCUCGCCAGCUGCGCGUCUUUGGCGAAAUGGUGCGCAAAGGGCUCAUUUAUCGACAAUAUCGCCCGGUCUACUGGUCGCCGUCGAAUCGCACAGCACUCGCCGAAUCUGAGCUCGAGUACCGCGAGGAUCAUCUCAGCAAAGCAGUCUACGUUGCUUUCCAGCUCCGUGCCGGAUCCACCCUGUUGCAAAAGCUCGGUCAGCAAGCAUCGAUAGCGGACGAUCUUCGUGCCAUCAUAUGGACCACCACGCCUUGGUCUCUGCCGUCCAACAUGGCCAUCAAUGUCAACCCAGAACUCGAAUAUAGCAUUGUACGAAGAGCAGGGACGGACGGACCCUGCUACGUCGUCGGAAGUGACCGCCUCGAGGCGCUGUCUUCGCUUCCAGCCAUCUCCUCUGUGAAAGGAGGCGAUACAGACACGUUGACCUUUGGUCCACUCGAAGAGCUGGUCCGCGUUCGCGGAAUGGACCUAGCCGACUCGACCUACCGCUCACCGCUCGCAUCCCCUCACAGCUCUGCUAGGCCCAUAUUGAUGGCAGACUACGUCACGGCAGUCUCCGGCACAGGACUGGUCCAUUCGGCACCGGCGCAUGGUGCCGAGGACUACCAGAUCUGGAAACAGCAGGGCCAUCUGCAGCGCGACGGCAUCUUUUCUCCCGUCAAUGACCAAGGAUGCUACUCUUCCGACAUCCUCGAACUCAAUCAGGCAGCUGUGCAAAGAAGCUCGGAUAACAAAUCUGCCCUCGGUGAACGACUCGUCGGCAAAGAAGUCCUCAACGAGGGCGCUCGAGAGGUAAUCACCAUAUUGCAGGAACGAGGUGCUCUGAUAUCGGCACAAACAAUACGACACAAGUACCCCUACGAUUGGCGAUCAAAGCAGCCUGUCAUUGUCCGCGCUACAGCACAGUGGUUCGCCAACCUCGACGACAUCAAGCAGCAGGCAAUCGAGGCACUCCGCGAGGUCACAUUCGUACCAGAAAACUCGCGCGCGCGUCUCGAGUCUUUCAUCCUAGGGCGGUCCGAAUGGUGCAUUUCCCGGCAGCGCGUCUGGGGCGUUCCCAUUCCGGUGCUGUACGAUACAGUGACCGACGAGCCGUUGAUGACAGUCGACAAUAUCGAGCACAUCGCAUCCAUUCUGGAGAAGAAAGGCACCGAUUAUUGGUGGAAGGCUGACGCCGAGGUCUUUGUUGCGCCUCAGUACCGCGAUGCGAAGCGCACUUGGCGCAAGGGCGAGGACACGGUGGACGUGUGGUUCGACAGCGGCACCUCGUGGGCGACGCUCAAAGAUCGGCUGGCGGCCGAGGACAACGGUCACGGUCUUCUCAGCCACGGCAGCAUAGCCGAUGUCUACCUCGAGGGCUCGGAUCAGCAUCGAGGCUGGUUCCAGUCUUCGCUCAUUACUGCCGUAGCGACCACACCGGAGGGCAAGAAACCAGUCGCACCAUACAAGACGGUGGUGACGCACGGAUACGUACUCGACAACGAAAGCCGCAAGAUGAGCAAGAGUCUCGGCAACGUCGUGUCGCCCUUGAGCAUCAUCCUAGGUGGCAAAGGGGCCGAACCCGCGUACGGAAUCGACGUGCUGCGAUUGUGGGUCGCUAGGAGCGACUACACCACUGAUCCGCCCAUCGGCAACGACAUCGUUCACAAGACGGCAGAGACGCUGCGCAAGCUUCGCAACACCGCCCGCUUCAUGCUUGCCAACCUGCCUGCGAGCGAAGCCAUCGCCGAACUCGACAAGACGCACAUGCGACUGCUGGAUCGCUUCGUGAUGCACGAGUUGUAUGAGCUGGAGCGGGCCUGCGCUGCGGCUUAUGAGGCGUACGACUAUGCUCAGGUGGUUCGUCGGCUGGCCGAGUUUGCCAACGCAACACUCUCGAAUCUGUACCUCGACGUCGGCAAAGACAGUCUCUACCUGGACGGUGUAGAGACCGAACGACGUACGACCAUGGUAGCUGUAAUCGACCAGAUCUUGCGCACCAUGAUGGCGAUCAUGGCGCCAAUCACUCCGUUCCUCAGCGAAGAGAUCUUCCACUUCCGCAACGGUGCCAGCAGCGAUCCUGCGGAAGGGACUCAAGGCGCGUCAUCCGUAUUCUCGGCAGGCUGGCCCACGGUCGACGAAGGCUGGAACGACCAGCAGGCAUCUACCGACGCCAGACACUUGAUGCAGCUGCGAGACGUCGCUCUAUUACUGAUAGAAGAGGCAAGGCAAGCCUCGCAUGUGAAGACGUCGUUCGAAGUCGAGCUUGAUCUCAUGAUCAAGCAAGACCAGUCGCAGCUGUCGUCGUUACUGCACGCGUCCGCCUCGGAGCUGACGGAGCUGUUCAACGUGGCGAAGGUGAAUGUGGUCAAGGAGGGCGAGCAGGUUUGCGCAGGUUCGAAUAUUCUGGGGACGAGAGAUCACGAAGACGUGAUCACUCUCCGCCUCCGUCAUAGCUCUGGCCACAAGUGUCCGCGCUGCCGCACUUUGCGCAAGCAGGCAGAAACCGACAAGCUCUGCGCGAGGUGCCAGACCGUCCUUGAUAGUCUAGUCACGUAG